GUGCGCGUGCGCAUCGCCCCGCGCGCUUGUUUCUCAACGCGGAACUGCUGUUUACGCUGCGGAGCAUCUCUGCAGACACAAGAGGGGAAGACAACACGCCGGAGACUCUUUUUUUUAAUCAUUCGGGACUGACGGGCGUUUCGUAUCGUCGCUAACAAUGUUCCACUUGCGGGCGUUAUCAGCAGUUUCACUGGGGCUAGCGCAGUUGUCCCGGCGCUACCACAGUGGGGCGGUGCGAGGCUCCGGCCGGAGGAGGCUGAUGCUGGCAGCCUUGGCUGGUGUAACUGGUGUGUCUGCUACUGCUGGACUGCUCUGGAAAAGUGCAUAUGCAGAGGCAGGGUCCUCCGUUCAACACUCUGAACCACCAGGCGGAGAGGGGGUUGAUUUUGUGAGGGAUGCAGCCGCUGAGGCAGAGUCUGAGAAAUCGGUGGAGGCCAGCAGCGGCGACGAAGAAGCAAAUGAAGGUGGUGAGGGAAAAAAAAAGAAGGCACGCUCUGGAUUCCGUGACCGCAAGGUGAUGGAGUAUGAGAACAGGAUAAGAGCCUACUCAACCCCAGACAAGAUUUUUCGCUACUUUUCAACGCUGAAGGUCAUUGGCGAGCAUGGAGAUGCUGAGGUUUACAUGACGCCCCAGGACUUCAUACGUUCCAUCACACCUAACGAGAAGCAACCUGAGAGUCUAGGCCUGGAUCAGUUCAUUGUGAAGCGAUUUGAUGGAAAGGACUUCUGGCAGACGGAGAAGAUCGCCCAGGAGAGGGAGAAGUUUGCAGAUGAGGACAGCAUAUUUUUCACAUUGGGAGAAUGUGGCCUUAUCUCCUUCUCUGACUACAUCUUCCUCACCACUGUGCUGUCCACUCCCCAGAGGAACUUUGAGAUUGCUUUCAAGAUGUUUGAUCUGAAUGGUGAUGGAGAGGUGGAUCUGGAGGAAUUUGAACAGGUCCAGAGCAUCAUUCGUUCCCAGACCAGUAUGGGCAUGCGACAUCGCGACCGCUCUACCACAGGAAACACGCUGAAGACAGCCGGCUGCAGCUCGGCUCUCACCACCUACUUCUUUGGAGAAGACCUGAAGGGAAAACUUACCAUUGGCAGCUUUCUGGAGUUUCAGAGGAAGCUGCAGCAUGAUGUGCUCAAACUAGAGUUCGAGAGGAACGAUCCUGUGAACGGCAGAAUCAGCGAGAGACAGUUUGGGGGUAUGCUGCUGGCCUACAGUGGCGUCCAGUCUCGUAAACUCAAGCAGAUGCAGAAGGGCUUGAAGAAGAUGUUUAAGGAUGCACAGGGCAUCACAUUUGAGGAGGUGGAGAAUUUCUUUACCUUCCUAAAGAAUGUGAACGACGUGGACACAGCCCUAAGUUUCUACCACAUGGCUGGAGCCUCCAUAGACAAAGUCACCAUGAAGCAGGUGGCCCGCACCGUGGCCAAAGUGGAGCUGUCGGACCACGUGUGUGAUGUGGUGUUCGCUCUGUUCGACUGCGACGGGAAUGGAGAGCUUAGUAAUAGGGAGUUCAUAGCAAUUAUGAAGCAGCGGCUCAUGCGCGGGCUGGAGAAACCGAAGGACAUGGGCUUCACUCGGCUGGUGCGGGCCAUGUGUAAGUGUGCCCAGGAUACGGCCUGGGACUUUGCCACACCGAAGACCCAAUAGAGACUGCGUGUGAAUAAAGCAGCAGCAGCAGCAGCAGCAAAGACCUUUCUUUACCUUCAACAGGUCUCAAUGCUUCAAACGGACAAUUAAUGCAACGGACUCAUUUGGACUGCAGCUCUGAGAUGCAACUUUAACCAUUAAUGCAUGUUGCUGUAGUUCAAACUAUCAAUGUAGUGGCUGGAGCAUGCUGACGCAGCACUCUGUCCCUGAAAGGCUCCUCUAGCAUGCCUGUCCAAAGCAUCGUGGGUAUUUGUAUAUAUUAAAACGAUUAUUUCUGCCAUAUUCUAUUGAGGAAUGCAGUGUCAGCAGGUAACUGGGACCCCUUGUCAAACGCUAUAAAAAAACGGCUCUUUUAUCUUUGCAUUUAACCCGUUUUACUGCAAAAGAAUCAAUCUUAUGUGACCUUCAGCUGUAUAAAUGCUGCAGUAUGUCUGUUCUACACAAACAAAGCCGUAGUUAUUUCUUUGCUGCGACAGAACGCAGACGUCUGUAAUCUUGUUAGCGCCUCUUCGUCCCGUCUGCUGGCUCCAAGUGCGUCUUCAUUUUGUCCCUGAAAAGAUCAAUGAUGCUCAUCUUGCUUUACAAUGUACUGUUCAGAGUGUGUAUUCUUCUAAUUAUUAUUGCCCACGAAAAAACACUUUAUAAAAGACGGAUGUUAAAAGAAAUGCAAUAUUAAAGAUGUUUUUAAUAAAAAUAAAUACGUAAAACUGA